AGUCUCCGUGGCAACUGCACGCAUGCAUGGCUGCAGAGUGAUAUUGCGUCUCCACGCUGCGAUGAGCAGAGAGAGAGUGAAAAGAGAAAGGAGGGAGAGGGAUCCUGGUUUCAUGGUUUUGCAGUGGGGAGCUUGCAUUACAUGGGAGAGAAUCGGAGUGAUGACAUUGUUCCUACCGAGCGGCUGAGUGCACCUAUACAUGUACCUCUGUGGAGGAAGGGCCAUUCACCUGUCGGAGCCAGCGCAGAUGGGACGUUUAGACAAAGGGACAAACGGGCAGACAGAUAAAAACCCCAUCCAGUGUGGAGUCGUCUCCGCUGUUGUCACUUUGAUAUUACAAGGGUCUCGGGUUUCUUGAUUGUUUCAGAGGAAAUGAGAGAUUGAUUGUCGAUCAUCCAGGGCUCUGGGUUUCAGUGCUAGGCGAGGCGUGGGUGAUGCUGGAUCCUUGAUAAACAGCACUGUGAUAUCUGAAGAAAGGCCACCAAGGUGGACAUGUAUUGAGGAGUGAGCUGCUCCUCUGGCACUCACCUGAUGACCAGUUGGAUUUCUGAGUAUGCAACCUGCCUCAGGUCCGGCUAAAAGGGAAAUUACCUGUGUAUCCAUCGCUUCUUCAAUGGAGAAAAAAUAUCCAGCAAUUGCAGGAAGAGAAAGGGGGCCAGGUCCUGGUCGCUAUGGGCUUCCUUCAACCAUCGGAUUAAUUGCUCAUGACUUAACCAAACCAACAAGCCCCGCCUAUUCUUUCCAUGGCAGGAUGAGUGACAAAAUGUAUUGUGUUGACUCCAGCCCAGGGCCUCGAUACCACGUUGAUGCGAAAAUCACUCGUUUUGGAAAGGAUGGCACACCUGCAUACUCCAUGUUGGGCAGAAUGAAAGAACAGAAGGAGCUGUUCCAAACACCCGGACCAGGUGCUUACAGUCCUGAGAAAGCCCCAACGUGCAACCUUCAUCGCAGACCUCCGUCCUACACAAUGGGCUCUCGAACAAACUACCGCAGCCGCGACUCUGUACCUGCUCCAAACAAGUACUGUCUUCCUCCACUCAUGGGCCCUCAGGUCCCAAACAAGCCAGCCAGUGCAAGCUACACAAUAUCGGGCACUUACAGCACAGGCGGACCAUCUGUGGAUUUGGCCAAGACGCCGGGGCCUUGCGGGUACAACAGCACAGACCCGGGUGUAUAUUUACACCGACCGCCAGCAUUUUCCAUGCUGGGACGACCCACCUUAGCCAGAGAUGUAUCCAAGAAACCUGGUCCUGGAUCUUACAAUCCAGAGCGAGUGACAGUUCACAAGGCCCGGGCCCCUGCCUUCUCUCUGGGCAUCAGACACUCAGAGUUUGUCACCCCACUUGUUGUCAACAUCUCUGACUGAACAUCAAUCACUUGGAGAGAAUGACAGAAACAUAAUUAUGCAUGAGCAAUCAAAGAGAGAGAGAGAACAUUUUAUUUUCUUCUAUGAGCAACAAAGUUUGUUAAAUCAACUAGGUGACUCAUUUAUGAUACCUAUAAUUAAUAUAUGUACAUAACAUAAGUGUAAAGAACAUAGGAUGUUCAAACAAAGAAAACACCUUCAGGAAAACAAC